GGUGGUGUUCGCCUGUGUGAGCGCAGCCACUAGACUGGCGAGGGGUUCGUCGUCUUUUUUGGAGAAAAAGCUCGACGAGCGCCUUCCGAGGGGCCACCGCCGGGACAGGAAAGCCACCGGGCUCCGAAAAGGAGGGGGGGAUGGCCGCUCCCGGAAGUGACGCGCCCCAGCCGCCGCCUUUCUCUCCUCCCCCGCCGCCGCUUCUCCCGCUUCUGCCCCGGAGGAGCCUGUGAGGCUCCCGCGCCCGCCCCGCUCUCUCCGCCAGGACUGGGCCGCAGGCACCCGACUCCGGACAGUGCAAGUUGGAAGAAUUGGACACCCACUUCAGAAUUCCCACCCCACACCCAGUGGUCCCUCUAAUUUUUUUUCAUCUCUGUGCGGAAUGAGUUUUGAUCUGGGCGGCAGUAUCAAGGCAGUGCGUGUGCAUCUGCAUUCAGAAUGGGGCCUUCCGGAUUCAACCUGAGCAGGAUCUAAAUUGAACUGACUGGACAUCCAAAAAUUUAUGGACCAGUCGUCUCCAACCUACAUGAUUGCCAACUUAACUCCUUUGCAUUCAGAACAACUCCUGCAGGGUUUGAACCUCCUCCGGCAGCACCAUGAGCUCUGUGACAUUGUCCUUCGUGUUGGUGAUGUUAAGAUCCAUGCCCACAAAGUGGUGCUGGCCAGCAUCAGCCCAUAUUUCAAAGCCAUGUUCAGUGGCAACUUGUCUGAGAAGGAGAACUCAGAGGUGGAGUUCCAGUGCAUUGCUGAGGCAGCCCUGCAGGCCAUAGUGGAAUAUGCCUAUACAGGGACAGUGUUCAUUUCCCAAGACACAGUGGAGUCCCUCCUGCCUGCUGCCAAUCUUCUCCAAAUCAAGCUUGUGCUGAAGGAAUGUUGUACUUUCUUGGAAAGCCAACUCGAUCCUGGCAAUUGCAUCGGGAUCUCUCGCUUUGCGGAAACAUACGGUUGUCAUGAUCUCUACUUGGCUGCCAACAAAUAUAUUUGCCAGAACUUUGAAGAUGUUUGUCAGACAGAAGAAUUUUUUGAACUUACGCAUUCUGAGCUGGAUGAAAUUGUCUCCAAUGACUGUUUGAAUGUGGUCACUGAGGAGAUGGUUUUCUAUGCACUGGAAUCUUGGAUUAAGUAUGAUGUCCAAGAGCGCCAGAAGUACCUGGCGCAACUCCUACACUGUGUGCGGUUGCCUCUGCUGAGUGUCAAGUUUCUCACAAGGCUCUAUGAAGCCAACCAUCUCAUUCGUGAUGAUCACACCUGUAAGCACCUGCUGAAUGAAGGCUUGAAGUACCAUUUCAUGCCUGAGCACAGACUUUCUUAUCAGACAGUGCUAACAACGCGCCCUCGCUGUCCUCCUAAAGUACUCUGUGCUGUGGGAGGAAAAGCUGGACUCUUUGCUUGUUUGGAAAGUGUUGAAAUGUACUUUCCUCAGAAUGACUCCUGGAUAGGUCUGGCACCUCUAGGUGUACCUCGCUAUGAAUUUGGAAUCUGCGUCCUUGACCAGAAAAUCUACGUGAUCGGAGGAAUUGCAACCCACAUGUGUCAAGGCAUUAACUAUCGCAAGCAUGAGAGCUCCGUGGAAUGCUGGGAUCCAGAUACAAACACCUGGACAUCCCUUGAAAAUAUGAACGAGAGCCGGAGCACAUUGGGUGUUGCAGUUCUAUCACGAGAAAUUUAUGCUUUGGGUGGCUAUGAUGGGCAGUCUUACCUACAGUCUGUGGAGAAGUAUAUCCCAAAGGUGAAAGAAUGGCAACCUGUGGCACCAAUGAGUAAAACUAGGAGUUGUUUUGCUGCAGCUGUCUUAGAUGGAAUGAUCUAUGCUAUUGGGGGCUAUGGUCCUGCACAUAUGAACAGCGUGGAGCGUUAUGAUCCCAGCAAAGACUCUUGGGAGAUGCUUGCUCCAAUGGCUGAUAAAAGAAUACACUUUGGUGUUGGGGUUAUGCUGGGUUUCAUUUUUGUAGUUGGAGGGCACAAUGGUGUUUCUCACUUGUCCAGCAUUGAGAGAUAUGACCCUCACCAGAACCAAUGGACUGUUUGUCGACCAAUGAAAGAGCCCAGAACAGGAGUUGGUGCAGCUGUAAUUGACACCUACCUUUACGUAGUUGGUGGACACUCGGGGUCAUCCUACCUAAACACUGUACAGAAAUAUGAUCCCAUAUCAGAUACCUGGCUGGACACGGCUGGCAUGAUGUACUGCCGAUGCAAUUUUGGCUUGACAGCACUUUGAGGAGGAUGAAUGCACAGGUGCAACUGGCAUAGAAGGUGCCUGGCCUGUGGAGACCAGAAGCUGCACUUCCUGGAGCUGGGAGGAAGGGGCAAAGGCGUAACUGAAAUGCAGACAGAUUAACCCCAACCAAUCAUUGUUUUUGGCUAUUGUGGAUGACAAAAAGGUGGGGGGAGAAGUGGGUUCAUAGGGGAUCCAGGCUGCAUACUGUUACUGAUAUGAAAUGAUUUAUCUUUAAAAAAGAAGCACUGUGUGACCUGAAGUAAGCAUAUACGUUCCCCAGCUCACAGAGCUUUAGCCCCUUCCUCUUCUUCCUCCUCCUCUGACUGAUGUAGUUAACCUUGCAAAAGAUGACGGAUCCUUUAAUCCUGUUGCACAAACUGUCUUGUCGAUAGAUGUCUGGCUGCGUCCUUGCAUUGAGACACCAUCAUUGCUUCACAACUUUUUAUGAACAACUAACUAAAGGGCUGCCUUUUUUCUCCUGUAACUCAAGGUUUGUAUAUAAUUGAUGCCAUAGUCCAUUUGCCUGCACUUACCGUCCUCUUUUUUGGUUACUUGCUCUGGGGGCUUGGGGAUGAUAAUAAAGGGUGGCUAUUUUCAGUUGGCAACCAUAAUGCCUUUUUAGCCCUGAACUUUUUGGACCUGCCUAAACAUCUAAAACCUACCUUUUCUAACGCUUGCCCUUAUCUAGGUUGGAAAAUACCUAGCUUGCAAGCCCUAGCACAGAGAUAAAACUUUAGGCAACAAACCUCUUCAUCCCCUUUGGUUUUCGGAAAUAUGUAUGUGUUUCCCAGCAUGUUUGUAAAUACUUCUAAAAGACAGGAGUAUCUUCCUCUGCACCCCUGCACUGCAAAUCUGUGUCCCUUGGCCCAUGAAUGACUGUGAAGUGUCCUGAUCUUAACAUGGUGCUAAAAUAUAGCAAGGCUGUUAACAAUCUAAGACUGCAAUGAUCCUACGCAUAUUUACCAAAAAGUGAGUCCCACUUAUUUCCGUGGCGCUUGCUUCCAUGAAAUAAAUAUGCCUGGGAUUGUGCUUCACGGGCAGUUUGGCUGAAGUAAUAGUCUUUGCCUUGUGUCCCUGGUUUGCCAGAACAGGGUAUGUAGUGAAUACCGCCAACCUAAAAUGUGGUAGAUGCUUUCCAUUCUUUCAAUUUCUUGGUUUUCCUUAUCUAUUUAAUUUGUGCCUAUGAAAAAUGUCAAACUUUAACAUAAUAUAAUUUUGUUAGAUUAACUUUUGUUAGAUUAAAUUUGUUAAGACCCAAGCAGCUUCUUAAUGGAGUUGAUUGAAGCGUAUUGUUGCCUUAAAACAAAAAAAAUCACAGAAUAAGGCAGUAUGGGGUAUAGUUAUUUAUAUAGCUACAUACACCCUUUUGGAAAAAUUUCCUCAAGCGCUUCUGCUCAGCUUCCCUUUACUUCAGUGGGGCUUUUCAGUGUUCAGUGAAUUGCCCCCUCUAACAGCUUGGAAUAUGAAGGGAUUUCCUUGAGAGUGUCCUGAAACUUAGCUUUUACGUUUGGGACCCUGUAUGCUAAUCCUUAUAUAGAUGACUGUGAAAAUAUUUCUUCAACUUUGUUUUGUGUGUUCAAUGACUUAUAUUUCAGUUUUGUACAAGUAGUUGUACUUUAAUUUGAUGUUGUGGUCUUCCAUAACUAAUGUGUAAUUUGGAUUCUCUUGAAAUGUUGUUUUUCUCUUACUCUCUUUUUAAUGUAUUCAUUUUUCUAUUUUAUUUUUUUGUAUUCACAAACAUGCAAUAAUAUGAGAGUUUAAAAAAACAGCCUUUUUACGUAAAAUUUGAGGUUGUGAACUAACUUAAUUUGUUCUGUGUUCCUCCUGGAGUAGGAAUGGUAGUGAACAAAGCUGCAAGUCGUCUUGUUCUUCCAUGAGCUAAUAAUGUUCAGGCUAAAACUGGGAGAGUGCACUUUGUUCUUAAGCCACUCUUUAAGAAACACAAAAACUUGCAUUUCAUUUCUACUAACAUUUGCACAUACUAUGAAUUCCUGAAGCUCUUCUUCAGAUAUUCAUGGAGUCCAGCAGAGUCUUCAGGCAAGUAAGUAACAAAACAAGCACUUUCUGCCUAGUGGCUUUGGAGUGGUUUGUUGAUUCUUGUUACACAGCAAUAAUGGCAUAAUGCAACAAUUGCAGAGACCUUUUGUCUGCGCUUGGGAAAUUCCCAUUCAUUUCAGUGUGGUUCACAUGGGAAAUGUUUGCUGUGGACUGUAUGACGCUUAAGCAAAUUGGAGGCAAUCUGAGCUGAUGCCUGUUUCGAUCCAUUGUUUUGAUUGAUUGCUUUAUUUCAGUUCAAGAAAAUACCCAGUGGAAACAUGUUGGGUAUCCUUGUGUCUGCAGAGAUGCCUUUGAACACAGAAGCAUAUUGAUGAUUGUAGAACUCCCAGCCAUGGGAUGUUGUUUGCAAGGAAGUGUGUAGGGCAAUUCUGGAGCAGAUAGAACAGCUCUAGACAAGAGAGUUGCUGGAGAAAGACCAAAAUUAUGCUGGAGAAAAAUGGGGUAUAAAGCUUUCCUUAGCUGAAAGCCUAAGGCACUGAGAAGUGGUCUUCUAGCUAUGUUCUUGUCUGCCAUUUCAUUGCACCUCCUGCAAAGCAUUAACUGUCAGAUGUUGUCGCCGGUAGAUCUGACUAUUUCUCAACAUAGUCAAGAAUAUUUGAGCCAAGAAUGGGGUUUUUAAAAUAAUAAUAAUAAUAAUAAUUAAUAAUAAUGAGCUUAAAACCAUGAAAAGAUUGGGUGGCUGACAUACUGAGGAAAAUUACUCAGAGUAGUCCCGUUGAAAUUAAAAGGACAAAUUAAGAAAUUCUUGUCAUUUAAUUUCAACAGGACUAGUCUGAGUAAUUUUCCUCAGUAUGCCAGCCUAAACCUGUCCUGCUAGGGGAUGCUGACAUGCAUCUGUUAGUGGGUUCAAUUUGCCACAGAUUUCUACCAAGGAUCUCUGGGCUACUUUUCAAUAAUUAGGCAGCUGUCAAAAUGAUGCACUUGCAUUUAAAAUAGUUAAGUUAAAAAAGAGAGGGGGUUUUUUUGUCAAGACUUUUGUCAAGUAAUUGAUUAGUGUAGUAGAUGCUGGCUGUGUAUUGAGUUCACAUAUAUCCCAAUAAACACAGUUUCUGUUUGGGAGCAUAGUAUCCCAUUCACCUAAGUGCUCAGGCACAGGCAAACUGGACAGCCUGAUUUAACACUUGCUGGCUGCAAUAAGCUUAUUGUAGUUUAACAAUGGUCUUGUGGAGAAAGCAAGACCAUAGGCAUAGGAUGUCGCACACCUUACAUUAUCAUCCAGUUCUAUACAAUCCUUUGAAUUCUUAAUUUGUAAGGGAAAGCACUUUAAAAUGUACUGGCUGUUGGUGUCCAGGCUUCUCUUGUUUUGAAAAACAUUGUUAAACAUGCAGUUUCACAUGCAAGUGGGGAGUACACAGGUGAUCACUAUUGAUUGAGAAGGUUGUGCCCAGUGUCCACUUCCCUCAUUUAAGGAGGAGAAUUGGUGUUCAUUAUCUCCUAGAAUGUGUACUUAAAAUGAUAGCUGAAGUUUACUCAGCAGUGUGAAGAGGGCACUGUGCCCAUGCUCAGAAGUACACGCUCCUCCAGUUAGAAACCUCUGAAGUGGUGGGUUGCAGAGGGUGACACUUGGCUCCUGACACAUUCCGAAGCACCACACUGGCAAGCGUUUUGGCUUGCAUGAGGCACUGCUUUCGGAGGUUCUCUCCUUGCUUGCAUUCUCUUCUCUUCUCCACUCAGCAGAGAUAGUUAAAUUUAUUAUUGCUUUGCAGCUUCCUCCAUUGUGCAAAAGACUGAGCGCUCUCCAUGCUUGCCUUAAAUUCCUUUUUUAAUUUAUUAAAGAACUGGGUGAUGAUUCCUCUCUUUGCCUUACAUGCUGUGCUGUCAUCUCUCUGGUCAAGGCAAAGUUUGCUUUCAACAGGACUGACCUCUCAUGCACUGUAGUUUUUUUUAACAGGAUUCUGGCAUGCCCAGAAGGGGUCAUUUGUGUGUUUAUCAGCCCACUAGUGGAGUUUGGUGUUUAGACUACCUUCCCACUGGCAGGGCUUCAUUAUUUUCCCUUUUUCUUUUUUUUUCAUUGACAAAGGUGGCAUUUAUGUUGAGUGGGAAACUGCUCAGUAACUUUUGUGUUUGCUAAAUGUGAUAAUGCUCUGUUAUCAUUGUAACAGUAUUUCAUUUGAAUGUGCAAUGUUUACUAAAUAAAUCUGUGAAAGCA